GUCAAGCCAGCUACCGCCGCUCAAAUCAAAUCAAACUUUUUUUUAGCUGAGUGUGGAGUACUUGUUCUCCAUUAUUUAACAAGAUUAUUUUAUUUGUAACAAAAUGGGUGACGAUGUAAUACAUGAUAGCGAAAAUACUCAAACCCAAACACAAAAUUCUCAAGUCGAAUGGAGUCAAACGAACACUCCGUCUUUUAUACCAAAUAUUUGGGGAAGGCUUUAUUCAACUAAAGUUUCUUCAUCGGGAAAAUAUUGCUGGAAAUAUACUAAUAAACAAAAUCCCGAGUACUAUGAUCUUAUUAAUCCAGAAUUCACUCUUGGAAGAAGUUUAACAUGUACCUUUGUAAUGAAAAAAGAUAUUAUAAAAGAAAAUAUCAUUAAAAAUGUUAGCAAACAACAUUUUAUUAUUAGAAGAGACUUAUCAGAAACUCUUAGUCCUGCAAUCAUAACAGAUAUGUCAUACAAUGGAACAUUUAUUAAUGGUGUUAUAAUCGGAAAAGGAAACAGCAGAGUACUAGAUGACAAUGAUGAGAUAUCGGUAACACAUCAAAUUGUAAAAAUAUUUUUAUUUAAAGAUCUGUUAAAAAAUGAACAAGAUAAAGUACCCAAAGAAAUAUCACAAAAAUAUUAUAUUUCCAGAAUUUUAGGACAAGGAGCUUGUGGCAUUGUCAAAUUAGUGUAUAAUAAAACUAAAUGCUCUAAGCAUGCAAUGAAAGUUAUAAGAAAAAGUAGAUUGACAAAUGGACAGCUAAAUCAUUUAAAUGAUCCAGCUAAAAUUAUGAAUGAAAUUAACAUAAUGAAGGCUCUGAGACAUCCAUGUAUAAUAUCUACUGAAGAGGUGUUCGAUUCAUAUGAUGCGGUAUACAUUGUGCUGGAGUUGAUGCAAGGAGGAGAACUAUUUGACAGAAUCACCAAGCUAGGGAAGCUUCCGGAGAGACUGACUAAAUUUCUCUUCAGACAAAUGGUGUUAGCUGUAAAGUAUCUUCACUCUCAAGGCAUCACACACAGAGACCUUAAACCUGAAAAUGUGCUAUUGGAGAGUAAAGAAGAAGAAACAAUUGUGAAAAUAACCGAUUUUGGACUCAGCAAGUUUGUUGGUGAAGACAGCUUCAUGAAGACCAUGUGUGGGACACCCCUGUAUUUAGCUCCAGAGGUGCUUAGAGCCAAUGGAUUAAAUAGUUAUGGACCAGAAGUUGACGUUUGGAGCUUGGGCGUCAUUUUGUUUGUGUGCCUUGUGGGCUACUUGCCCUUCUCAUCAGACUACAAGGAGAUCUCACUCAGAGACCAAAUACUUAGUGGAAAAUAUCGUUUCUCGCACUCACACUGGCAGCAUGUCAGUUUGCAGGCCAAGCUGCUUAUGAAAAAAAUGCUAACAGUAAGGGUUGACAGGCGAAUCACCCUUGAGCAAAUACUUAAUCAUGCCUGGAUGCAGGAUGUAGAUAUUAUAAUAAGAAUUGAGAGGUUGUUAUCACAAGAAGCGUUAAAAGAAAAAAAUUAUCUCACAGAAUCAUCUGUUAAUUCUGACGAAGAAAAUAUAAAUAUGGACAAGGUCACUGUUCUACGACUAGUAGCAACCGGCAAGAGAGCCCUGAGUGAUAGUUACAACUCAAGCGAACCAAUCCCAAAAAAAAUAAGAGUAGAUUAUCAUCCUCAGAUAGAUAUUGUAAAUGAUACAAGUUCAACUAAUAGCUGUUGCUCACAUGAUUGAUCAAUUUUAUAUUAUGGAUGAUGAUCUAUCUUGCUGGAUGAUCAUUUCUAUUUCAGAAAAAUUUAUAUUAUUUUGUGCUAACUAAUGUGACUAUUUUUUAUUAAUGCUAAUUAUUUUAAAUGAUUUAUUUUAAUUAAAGUGUCUCAAUUGUUUUGUGAUUGUUCUUUGAAUACAAUUUGUGAUGAUACUACAAUGUAUGUUGUUGAUUUUUGUUGUUUACUUGACAAUUUAAAUAUCUAAGAGUGUUAUUGAUCCCUUUUAUUCUUAAAUUUUAGUGUUUUAAUGUUAAUGUUUGAUUAAAUUUAAAAGACUUUGUGAUUAUUAAUUAAGCUUAUGGUGUAAGACAAAUUCUUACACCACUCCAACCCACCAAAUGUGCCAUGUUUUUUAUCAUGUUCCUUCUUAUGAUGUAUAAUGACAAGAGGAUUAUUGUUGUACAAUAAAAAUAGUCAUGAAA